CUGAUGACAGGAUGGCGGAGGUAGAGGGACCGGAGUCCAUCGCGGCCCGGUGCCUGGACGAGUCGUCGGAUAGCGAACCGGAGCAGGAGCCCGGAUCUCCACAGAAACUCAUCCGGAAAGUCUCGACGUCCGGUCAGAUCCGCAGCAAGACAGUUCUGAAGGAGGGAACGCUGCUGAAACAGACCAACUCUUUCCAGCGCUGGAAGAGACGAUACUUUAAGCUGAGAGGUCGGACGCUGUAUUACGCCCAGACCAGCAAGUCCAUCAUCUUUGACGAAGUGGACCUGACGGAUGCCAGCGUGGCUGAGUCCAGCACCAAGAACGUCAACAAUAGUUUCACCGUGAUCACCCCCUGCAGGCGCCUCAUUCUGUGUGCUGACAACAGGAAGGAGAUGGAGGAGUGGAUGGCAGCGCUGCGCAGCGCUCAGAACAGACAGAACUAUGAGUCCACCCAGUACAGCAUGGACCACUUCAGUGGGAUGCACAACUGGUACGCCUGCUCCCACGCCAGACCCACAUACUGCAACGUCUGCAGGGAGGCGCUGUCCGGAGUCACGUCACACGGGCUGUCCUGUGAAGUGUGUAAGUUUAAAGCUCACAAGCGUUGUGCUGUUCGAGCAACCAACAACUGUAAGUGGACGACUCUGGCUUCGAUCGGGAAGGACAUCAUUGAGGACGAGGACGGGGUGUCGAUGCCUCAUCAGUGGUUAGAGGGGAACCUUCCCGUGUCAGCCAAGUGCAGCGUGUGCGAUAAGACGUGCGGCAGCGUCCUCAGGCUGCAGGACUCGAGGUGUCUCUGGUGCAAAGCCAUGGUGCACUCAUCCUGUAAGGAGCAGCUGCCGUCCAAGUGUCCUCUGGGUCAGUGUAAAGUAUCCGUCAUUCCUCCAACCGCGCUCAACAGCAUCGACUCCGAUGGUUUCUGGAAGGCGUCCUGUCCUCCGUCCUGCACCAGUCCUCUGCUGGUGUUUGUUAACUCGAAAAGUGGAGACAAUCAGGGUGUGAAGUUCCUGCGGCGCUUCAAACAGCUGCUGAACCCAGCGCAGGUGUUCGACCUGAUGAACGGAGGCCCUCACCUGGGCCUGCGCUUGUUCCAGAGGUUUGACACGUUCAGGAUCCUGGUCUGUGGAGGAGACGGCAGCGUCGGUUGGGUUCUCUCUGAGAUCGAUGCUCUCAUGCUGCAUAAACAGUGUCAGCUGGGGGUUCUACCUCUGGGGACCGGGAACGAUCUGGCCCGAGUUCUGGGCUGGGGUUCAGCUUGCGAUGAUGACACACAGCUGCCUCAGAUCCUGGAGAAACUGGAGAGAGCCAGCACUAAGAUGUUAGACAGGUGGAGCAUCAUGGUCUAUGAGACAAAGUUGGCACGGCAACACUCUACCUCCACUGUUACCGAGGACUGCAGCGAGGACUCUGAGGUUCAGCAGAUCCUCACCUACGAGGACUCAGUGGCAGCUCACCUGACUAAGAUCCUGACCUCAGACCAACACUCUGUGGUCAUCUCCUCUGCCAAGGUUCUGUGCGAGACCGUGAAGGACUUUGUGGCUCGUGUUGGUAAAGCUUACGAGAAGAACACGGAGAGAUCAGAAGAGUCUGAGGUCAUGGCCAAGAAGUGUGGUGUUCUGAAGGAAAAACUCGAUUCUCUGCUGAAGACUCUGGAUGAAGAGUCUCAGGCCUCAUCAGUCCCGCCCCCAGCUCCACCCCCAACCAUUGCUGAGGAGCAGGAGGAGCUGGAGGUGGUCGGCCUUCCUCGCCCUCUUCGUCAACUCGCUCCCCCCCACAUCUUACCCGCUUCACCUCCCUGUUCACCGAGGACUACAGCUGCGGCGGCCAUCUUUAAACCUCGAGAGCAGCUGAUGCUGAGAGCCAACAGUCUGAAGAAGGCGAUCCGACAGAUCAUCGAACACACGGAGAAAGCUGUGGACGAGCAGAACGCUCAGACCCAGCAGCAGGUGGGUCUGGUGGAGGAGGAGGAGGAGGAUGCAGAGGAGGACCAGGUGUCCCUCCAGUCCACCUGCAGCUCCAAACAGCGCAGCAGCCGUAGAGUCAGUAAGACGCCCUGUGAGAAGCUGAUCUGUAAAGGCAGCCUGUCACUAGGCAGCUCUGCUUCACUUCCUGUCCAGACAGGAAGCAGGGACAUCAUGCCCAUGCUGAACACAAAGAUCCUGUUUCCAGGUUCUCUGACGAGCAGCUCAGUUAUCAGUCGGCUGCUGGUCAACGCCGACCCGUUCAGCUGCGACGCCGACAACAUGGACUGCUACACGGAGAAAUGUGUCAUGAACAACUACUUUGGUAUCGGACUGGACGCCAAGAUCUCCCUGGACUUCAACAACAAGAGAGAUGAGCACCCAGAGAAGUGCAGGAGUCGGACCAAGAACAUGAUGUGGUACGGCGUGUUGGGAACCAAAGAGCUGCUGCACAGAACCUACAAGAACCUGGAACAGAGAGUCCUGCUGGAGUGCGAUGGGCGGCCCAUCCCCCUCCCCAGCUUGCAGGGAAUCGCCGUGCUGAACAUCCCGAGUUACGCAGGAGGGACCAACUUCUGGGGCGGAACCAAAGAGGACGAUACCUUCACGGCGCCAUCGUUUGACGAUAAGAUCCUGGAGGUGGUGGCGGUGUUCGGCAGCAUGCAGAUGGCCGUGUCCAGAGUCAUCAACCUGCAGCACCACCGCAUUGCCCAGUGUCGGACCGUAAAGAUCACCAUCCUGGGAGACGAAGGCGUCCCGGUUCAGGUGGACGGGGAGGCCUGGAUCCAGCCUCCUGGUUACAUUAAGAUCAUCCACAAAAACCGCACCCAGACCUUGACCAGGGACCGGGCCUUUGAAAACACCCUGAAGUCCUGGGAAGACAAGCAGAAGUGUGAGUUCCCUCGUUCCCAGCCCACCCAGUCCUCACUGUCCUCCCAACCAGAGACCGUCUCUGAGGAGGAGGCCUCACUGGUCAACGAGUUCGGUCAGGCAGCCGGAACCCUGAUCCACAGUAUCCGGGAAGUGGCCCAGUUCCACCACAGCAUGGAGCAGGAACUGGCUCACGCCGUCAACGCCAGUUCCAAGGCCAUGGAUGUGGUCUACGCCAAGAGUCCUGGGGCUCUCAGCUGCAGCUCGGUGCUUCAGAUGGUCGUGAACGUCAAAGCUCUGCUCAGUGAGACGGAGCUGCUCCUGGCUGGGAAGAUGUCCAUGCAGUUGGACCCUCCUCAGCAGGACCAGCUGAACACUGCUCUUGGUUCUGUGGCUCAGCAGCUACGUCGCCUGGCUGAUGUUCCCUGGUUGUGUCCCGUCAUCGACCCAAUGGACCAGGAGGGUCCUUUGAUGGACUUCUCGAAGCGCAGUCGAAGCGGUAAGUUUCGUCUCGUCCCAAAGUUCAAGAAGGACAAAAACAACAAGAACAAAGAGAUGUGUGCCACUCUGUCCCUGCCAGUUCACCAGUGGGGCACUGAGGAGGUUGGGGCUUGGCUGGACUUUCUCUGUCUCUCUGAGUAUAAGGACAUCUUUAUUGGACACGAUGUCCGUGGAGCUGAGCUCAUCCACCUGGAGAGGAGGGACCUGAAGGACCUUGGGGUAACGAAGGUGGGCCAUAUGAAGAGGAUCCUGCAGGGCAUCAGGGAACUGACCAGGACCAGCAGUGCCAGCGAAGCCUAACUGCCCCCAGCGACCACUGCCUGCUCCU